CGUGGGGAGCCGAGCCGUGCUGUCCUGUGCUGUCCUCUGCUGUGUCGUGGGUGAUGAGUGCGUGAGAGCCAUAAAGCAGCGUCUGGGGCCGGGAGCGCCUGCGGCCACUUCCAGGGCAAGAUGCCACAGACACCUCCCUUUGCAGCGAUGUUUGACAGCAGCAGCUACAACAGGAACCUGUAUCAGACAAAAGAAGACGGCUGUGGAGGGCUCUAUUACCACGACAACAAUCUCCUCUCGGGGUCUCUGGAAGCUCUGAUCCAGCACUUAGUACCCAAUGUGGAUUACUAUCCCGAUAGGACGUACAUCUUCACCUUCCUUCUCAGCUCCCGCCUCUUCAUGCACCCGUACGAGCUCAUGGCCAAAGUCUGCCACCUGUGCACCGAGCAGCAGAGACUCAGUGAGCCUGGCCUCGACAAGAACUGGACCCAGAAAAUUGCACCAAAAAUCCUACAGUUGUUGACCGAGUGGACAGAGACUUUUCCUUAUGAUUUCCGCGAUGAAAGAAUGAUGAGGAACUUAAAGGAGCUGGCACAAAGAAUAGCCAGUGGGGAUGAGAUGUACCGGAAGAACGUGCAGCAGCUCCUCCAGAACCUGAUUCGGAAGCUGGCCGCGGUUACCCAGUACGAGGAAGUGCUUGCAAAAAUUGAUGCCACCACAUCCACAGAUCGCCUCACGCUCCUAAAGACCAAGCCCCAGUCCAUCCAGAGGGACAUAAUCACAGUCUGCAAUGAUCCCUAUGUGUUAGCCCAGCAGCUGACACACAUAGAGCUUGAGAGACUCAAUUAUAUUGGACCAGAAGAAUUUAUCCAGGCGUUUGUGCAGAAGGAUCCUCUGAAUAAUGCCCAGAGCUGCUACGGAGAUCGAAAGAAGACUCGGAAUCUUGAAGCCUAUGUGGAGUGGUUUAACAGGCUCAGUUACUUGGUUGCAACAGAAAUCUGUAUGCCUGUGAAGAAGAAGCACAGAGCAAGAGUGAUAGAAUAUUUCAUCGAUGUGGCACGGGAAUGUUUUAACAUUGGCAACUUCAAUUCCUUAAUGGCUAUUAUUUCUGGCAUGAACAUGAGUCCCGUGUCUCGAUUAAAGAAAACCUGGGCAAAAGUGAAGACAGCCAAAUUUGAUAUUCUUGAGCAUCAGAUGGACCCUUCCAGCAAUUUUUAUAAUUACCGAACUGCUCUGCGUGGAGCCGCUCAGAGGUCCCUGACAGCUCACAGCAACAGAGAGAAGAUUGUGAUACCUUUCUUCAGCCUCUUGAUCAAAGACAUUUACUUCCUCAAUGAGGGCUGUGCCAAUCGCCUUCCCAAUGGCCACGUCAAUUUUGAGAAAUUUUGGGAAUUGGCAAAACAAGUCAGUGAAUUUAUGACAUGGAAGCAAGUGGAGUGCCCUUUUGAAAAGGAUUGGAAGAUUCUGCAGUACUUGCUCUCUGUCCCAGUCUUCAGUGAUGAUGCACUUUACUUGGCUUCCUAUGAAAGUGAAGGUCCUGAGAACCACAUUGAAAAGGACAGAUGGAAGACACUAAGGUCAGCACUUCUGGGCAGAGUCUAGAGCACACCAUGUCUGCUGUUGCUGUGUUACGUGGAUUGCCAAGGGCCAUGGCUUGGUUUAUUUUUCUGUGCACUGAGUGGCGCUCCGAGUGACGAAAGAUGUGCAGUCAGUUGCAAUAUUGUGGCAGCAAAGAUGAAAGAAGCUAAUUCAAGAACAAACAGGCAGCUUCUCUCAUCUGACAGAUGAGAUAAAAUCACAGCCCACUCAUCUGGGAAUCAGGCUGAAGUAUUGAUUGAGAAUCCUUUGAAGAUCUCAGAUGCUGCCUAUGAAUCAUUUCACACCUGGAUGGAAUAUUCUUUCCUUUCCUUUUGCUGCAGCUUGCUGCUACAAGGACUCACAGGAGGUUACAGAGGGGAAAUGUUCACCAUUCCUUUCAGUGAAACCCAAGUCUGCAUUGGAGAGUCUCAUUCCUAAUAAGCUGAAUAUAUAUCCCAGAACUUUGGGAUUGCUAAGAAGGGAAAGGACUGGACACAAAAAUUGGCUGCUGAGGAGAAUUUCUCCCUACCACUGUAAUGGUGGCUGGGUUUUUUGUCUUUUUCCAAUGUGUUUUUGAGUUGGCUGCUGGCAGGCAAACUCAUUAUUAUUUUAAGUUAUUUAAAAAAUAUAAAGUAAUAAAAACCAAGGCUGUGGUAGAAAAUACACCCGCUAUAAAAAGAUAGUAGCUAUGUAGCUCUACAACUUCUAGGGAAGCUUUUUCUUUUCUUCACUUCUUUACAACUAACCACUACAUGCUACAGACAUGCUUAUUUCUACUGUGAGGUUUUCUUACUCUUGAUUUUCCAUACUUGACCUUCUUCUUAUAUUAGGUUGAACAAGCUGACUUUUCUAGAGUAGUCAUUGAAAAACUGGCAUAAAAACUGUUGAAAUAUGAGAGUAUGUUUUUAUUAAGUAAUUUUUAUAAAUGCUUUUUUUUUUGAAAGGGUGACAGUGGAUAACAGAAUCCACUUUGACUGAAACAGCAAGAUGCUGAAAAGAAAAAAAAGGCUUCUUCUCUGCUGCAGCUAUGAACAAAACAGUCUUCCUGUGUGUUUGCUUUAGGGAUUAUGUUUAUGACUGUGAAGUAGUUCACUGUGUUACACACCUAAUAAGUCUUUAGUAGCUCUGAAUACUUAGUCAAACUAUCCUAGGAGGAACCGGAUUGAAAAAGAAAUACAAAACUAGGCUGUAGCUGUAGAUCAAUACAAAAAUCAAUAAGCAAAAUACAUACUUGGCAAAAAAAAAAAAAAAAAAAAACCAAAAACUAUUUGCAAUUAUUCUGCUGCUGUUGUUAAAAAAAAAAAAAAAAAAAAGUAAGAAUAAAUAUAUUUAUUUGUUGCACUGCAUCUCUUGAGUUUUCAGGUAAGGUGGUUUUUAUGUUCUGUCUGUAUCUUUUCAGGCACAAAUUUUUAUUUUUAAUUCCAUAGUAACAUGUUGAGGUAGCCUUUGUUAAUGGGGAUACUGUCCUUAACUACAACCUGUUUGCUGAAACAAGGUACUGGAAGUCUCUGAGUUAUAUAUUCCACAAGGAAUUCCCUUCUCACCAGGGCCUCAAGCCCUGGCAGAGACGGUUUCCUCUCCUCCUUUCCCAUUCCCUGUGUUGGGGUAAAGGAGGAAGAAGAGGCCAGCUCUUGGAAAGGAGAAAACUGCUUCUGCUGUGCACAGACUUGCCUCCCAGCUUUCAUCAGGUGAGGUCUUUGCCAUUCUGCCCCCUACAUCCCUCCCCUGUUGUUGAGGCUUAUGUCUGGUGCUUGAAAGGGGAAUGCAAAUCCCAAACCUCCGGCAAGGCAGAGCUGCUCCUUCAGCCAUUAUUUAACUGAGUGUUUGAUGUUAGAGCCUUGCCAUCUCUGUCCCCUCUGCUCCAUCAU